CAGCUGUCCAGCUGUUGUUUCUUUACAUGAGACGACACUGGUUGGACCGAAUAAUAUUUUUAUUUUUUAAUUAAUUACGAUUGAUAUCCUAUUGUACUCUUAGCAGUCCGCAAACAAAAACAUCAAAAAUUAACAAUCUACGUUGUUUCACACUUUAGCCUCUCGACCCAUAUUGAUCAUUAAACCUAAACAUGGCUGGUGAGGGUUUUGCACCGCAAGAAAUUGAAGCAUUAUGCCAAACUCCAAACCCUUCUACCAAGGACUUCAUGUUUCAACAGACAAUGUAUCGCAUCAAAGACCCUAGGAAAUCAAUUCCAUUUUACACUGGUGUUCUCGGCAUGACACUGCUCAAGCAACUGCACUUCCCUGAAAUGAAAUUCUCUCUGUUCUUCAUGGGCUAUGAGAACCCAGCAGAUAUUCCAAAGAAUGAUGCAGACAGAACAGCAUGGGCAAUGAGUAGAAAAGCUACAUUAGAGUUGACCUAUAAUUGGGGAACAGAAAAUGAUACAACAACAUACCAUAAUGGAAAUUCUGAUCCAAGAGGUUUUGGUCACAUCGGUAUCCUGGUGCCUGAUGUUGAUGAAGCCUGUUCUAGGUUCGAGGAACAAGGCGUGAAGUUCAUUAAGAAGCCGCAAGAUGGCAAGAUGAAAGGUCUCGCCUUCAUUCAGGACCCCGACGGAUAUUGGAUCGAGAUAUUCACAACAAAGAGUGUUGCUUAACUCUUUUUUUAUAAAUCAAGUCUAUAUUUAGGGUUGCCUGCCUCUACUAUGAAUGGGUACGCUAACAUAUAACACUAAUAUACUAUUUUUAUAUACCAGCCAUACUUAAUCAUACAUAACACAAAAUAUAAAUACCUUAUAUUUAAUGUAGCAUAACAUAA